CAUUGAUAUGAAAAUAACAUUUCUAAAACCUUUGCACUGUUAAACUAGAUUUAUGCAGGAUUCCUCCUGUUCAUCUUCUCAGAAAUCCUUAUUUGUCAUUGAACAGCUACACCCAAUUCUCACAUACCUCUUCUUCCAGCCACGUUACUAACUUGUGCCACUAUUUGAGACAUUACUGUGACCUGAGAGAGAGAGAGCUGGAGGAAAAAUGUCAGAGAACAGUGAUGGAGCGUUCCUCUCCACUGUGAGCUCAUUCUCACUUAUUCUCUUUCCCUCUUUCUCACUCCCUUGAUCUUCAUCUCUGUCUUUCAUCAUGAGCUCCUCCAGCAUGUCUUAUCUCACUCUCGGUUGUAUGUGUGAGUCGGUCCACCUGUGACCUGCUCCUCUUUCACAAUCCUUUCUUUUUUUUAUCUCACUGUGUUCGGUGCUCCUGCUGGUUCUCAUUUUUGUGUAUCUGUUCAAGGUCUUUUCCCCCUGUCACUAUUUUCUCUUCUCUUUCACUCGCUUUACUUUCCUUUUCGACCGUUCUUUCAUUCUCCUCGCGUUUUAGUAUCAUCCUCAUUUCUAUUCCAUCCCAUGCUUCUUUAAACCUUCUCAUUGCUUCUCUUAUAUGAGCAGAAGAGCACAUCAGAAGAAAUGUCCAUUGCGUCAUGAAAAGCCUUUGCUUUGGCAUCAGCAGGAGUCCUUAUGAAGAUUACAGCAGUGAAUGCACUAUUUACCGGAUCUUAACAACACCUGGAACAAAGGAAUACCAGCGAAACAAAGCAAACUAAAUAUAUUACACCUAAACUCCUCUAGCCAUCUCUUUUUUUAUGGUACGAUGGAACGGCUUCAACUCCAGGUGAACUAAUCUUAAUUUAACAAUAUGCUGUGGAUCACGUUCUCCACUGGGAGGAUCUUCUUGCGGGCAAGAGCACAUGGAGAGUAACGUAGUAAUACUUUGAUUCACAGACUCAAUUUCUUUUUAAUGAGCUGGAAUGCCUUCUCUCUGCCAAGAAUGAGAAGUUUAAUGAUGCUCAGUGAGCCAUGCCCUUCAACACCUGCACACUCUCAGAGAAGAGCACGAAUCGAAGAGUAAUGCUCAUACUUAGAAUUCUGCAGAUGCAACAUUUUUGCCUUCGGAUUCCAAUUUUUCUGCUUAUUAUCUCCAAGUUCUAAAGGAACUGGGGUCGCUUAGGAGAUGGAGAUGAGACCUAUGUGAAGCUGUCGGGUUGGUCACGAGGACCUGUCUUUGGGUUUGGUGCAGAAAAUUUUUAAGGACAAUUGAAGGUUGAAGAAAAACAAGACUUGUGACCGUUUGAAAAUGUCUAACUUUAAAGCAACAUUAAGACAUUGAGUGACUUUUGGAAAUCACAUACAGAAAAACCCAAUUUGGGUGCAAAACAUCAAAAAAUACAAAUCAACACAACUAAAAAAUGGCAGAGCUUGCUGGAUACAAUGGCAGUGAGAACUUUAUGUUCUCAACCAGUCUGCCUUUCAACUCUACUGGUGACUAUGAGUAUUACGAACCCGAACCCGAUGCCAGCAAGAUCAUCAUCCCCUCCAUCUAUGCACUGGUGUGCUGUGUUGGCGUUACGGGAAACGCCAUGGUCAUCUACGUCAUCCUCAAGUACGCCAAGAUGAAGACGGCCACCAACAUCUACAUUCUCAAUCUCGCCAUUGCGGAUGAACUCUUCAUGUUGAGCGUCCCCUUCCUGGCGACCUCAGCCGCGGUGCAUCACUGGCCGUUUGGCUCGCUCAUGUGUCGUUUGGUUCUCAGCGUGGACGGCAUCAACAUGUUCACAAGCAUCUUCUGCCUGACCGUGCUGAGUGUGGACCGCUACAUUGCAGUGGUGCACCCAAUCAAAGCGGCUCGCUAUCGUCGCCCGACCGUCGCCAAAGUUGUCAAUGUUUGCGUGUGGGGACUUUCGCUGCUUGUAAUUCUGCCCAUCAUCAUCUUUGCGGACACGGUUCCGGCUCAGGACGGAGGAGUGGACUGCAACUUUCUAUGGCCAGAGUCCUCGUGGUCAGAAGCGUUUGUGGUCUACACGUUCCUACUUGGUUUCCUGCUCCCCGUGGCUGCCAUCUGUCUGUGCUACUGCUUGAUUGUAGUACGCAUGCGAGCGGUGGGUCUAAAAGCAGGCUGGCUGCAGCGGCGGCGCUCUGAAAAGAAGAUCACACGCAUGGUGCUGCUGGUGGUGGCCGUUUUUGUGCUCUGCUGGAUGCCGUUUUAUAUUGUGCAGCUGAUUAGUGUAUUCCGCAAGCCGCCGGACCCCAUGGUGACUCAGCUAUUUGUCAUUCUGAGCUACGCCAACAGUGGUGCCAACCCCAUUCUCUACGGAUUUGUGUCGGACAACUUCCGCCGCUCGUUUCAGCGCAUCAUUUGUUUCCGCUGGCUGGAGAACGGACUGGAUGCUGAGCAGGUGGACUACUGUGCAGUGGCCCUGCGGCGUCAGACCACAUGUGGCCCACCAGACUUUCCAAAGGAGUGCUUGGCCUCUGACAUGGUGUUUCGUAAUGGAACCUGUACCUCCCGUACAACCACUCUGUAAGAGUGUUAUAGUUUAAAGGGAUAGUUGACUCAAAAAUGAAAAUCGUUAUUUACUUUCCUAACCUGUACUAACAGUAUUGGUUAUCAAUGAUGUUUAUUUUUGGGUGAACUGCCCCUUAAUCAUAUCAUUCAUUGAGACAUGAAGUCCAGACCAGUUUACCUAUCAGUAAGCCCCUCCCCUCAAACACAGAUGAGCCAAUGGCAGUCAAGUAUCAGUUGCACGGAGACUGGAACUCGGACACCUUUAGAUUUCAGCGUUAUAGAGAAACAUUGGAAGAUUCAGAUAUUUCAUUGGUUUGAUGGUGUUUAUGCUGUAAAAAUGGAAAAACAAUGUGCCUGGUGUACUUGUUACACUGAUUCCAGGUAUCCCGAGCAGAUAGGCAAUAGGAUUUAUUUGAUUGAAUUUCCUAAACCCAAACAAAACAGAACAAAAGUGUCCCUAAGCAUUCUCCCCCAAUCCCAAUGAAUAUGAAAACGUACAUUUUCUGGUUGCCAUACUGUCAUUAAGUUACAAUUUUCAUCUGCUUAAGCAGAAUGAUUAUGCCAUCUUGUGCUUCAGCAAGGUAUCUCUGAAAGACUCACUAACGUUAAAAGUUAGUGAGUCAGUUCUAAUGUACAAGCAUAAAUAGUGAAAUGUUUUCACGUCAUGUUCAUUUAAAUUUCACUAAUGUGACUGCAACUUAAUAAUAAGAAAAAGGGCGCCAAAGGUCAGAAAGGUCAGAAUAUUUGGUGAUCAGCAUGAAGUCAUUAGAGAAUAAGGAUGUGUUUUGUCUCAGUUUGCCUUAAAAUACUACAGAAUUUCCACCAAGAUUGGCCAGCAAGACAUCAUAAUGAACAACCAAUAGACCCCAUACUGUUCAGUGUGUGAUCCUUAUGUUAUAAUGUUAAUUGUAGAUAAUUGUAGAUUAAUGUUUAUAUGAAACAUAUGUUGAAAUGGUUACACGAUUGGUUUGUGGAUUCUGUGUACUUCUGAAUGCACAAUAUCAUCAUGACAAAAUACUCCAUUUGUUCUUGCUUAUGUUUUUGAGUCAAAUGAUUUGUCAGUCAGUGUCAGUGCCCAAAUUUGACUUAGUUUACCCUGCUUUGAAACUGUGUUGUGGGUCCAAAUUGCUGGUAUUUUAAAGUAAAUACAAUAAAAGAUGAUUG